UAUACAUUUAACAACAAUUCAACUACCUGUGCAUUAUAUGUAUUUUGUUUUGCAAUAAAUUGUGUCAUUAUAUAGUCGGCACACACUAGUACAUAGACUGCAGAGGAUCUCCACAUUAAUUAUGUGGUGUUGUUGUAAGUCAGAAGGGAUGCAAAGCAAGGGAAUAUGAUUGCUCAACUGUUUUAAGUAAGUUACGUAAUUAUCUGAGUUCUCUCCAGUCGUCUCUCCUCCUUACGCAUCCUCAGCAUCACGCUGCUCAGCAUCCCGGAAGUUCAGCAUCAUCUGCUCCUUCAGGAAGAGACGCAUCAUCGUCAGAGCUUUGUCAACAACGGGGGACAGUGGCAAAAACAUCGGCCUGUCCGGCAGAAAUCCCCUCUGUUUUUUGCAAGUGGAAUUCAUAUGAAAAGGACAAAUGAAGUGACCGACAGGACACAAUGUCAUCAUUCCAGGUGGUGGACUCGUCGCCGGGCAGCAGCGUCAGCAUGAUGGAGACGUCCAACUUUGCCCACGUCAUCUUCCAGAACGUGGGGAAGAGUUUCCUGCCCCAGGAGCCCCUGGAGUGUUGCUUCACCCUGACCCCAUACAUCACUCCCAACCCCAAAGACUGGGUGGGCAUCUUCAAGGUGGGUUGGAACACAGCCAGAGAUUACUACACCUUCCUUUGGUCUCCUAUGCCUGAAAACUACGAACCAGGAAGUACUGUGCACAGGACUGUGGUGUUUCAAGGUUAUUAUGUUCCUAAAUCUGACGGAGAGUUCUACCAGUUUUGUUACGUCACACAUGUUGGUGACAUCAGAGGAGCCAGUACGCCCUUCCAGUUCAGGUCAGCCACACCCACAGAGGAGCUUCUGACUGUCACCGAGGACGACAGCAACUCGGACAUACUGGUCGUCACCACCAAGACCGGCCUUCUAGAGCAUGUGGAGGAGGCGCAGCAGGAGCGCAGGGAGCUGCUGAAGGCCAUGCGCCUCCUUCAGGAGGAGAAACGGCAGCUGCAGGAUGAGCAGAAACGACUGGCCAGGGAGAGGGAGCAGGAGAGGGAGACGUGCAGCUUGCUGCGGACACACAACCAGGAGCUGCUGCGCUCGUCGCAGGGCCUGUCAGAAGAGAGGGAGGACGUGAGGCGGAGGCUGUUAGAGGCCACGGACCGGGUCCGCCAGCUGGAGGAGGACCUGCUCGGAGUCACCCAGAGAGGCCUGCAAAAGGAGACGGAGCUGGAUUGCCUGCGUGACCGUCUGAAGAAACUGACAGCUGAGAGAGACGGUCUGGAGAGCCAGCUGAAGAAUGAGAAGGAUGAGAGAGACCUUUACAAGGCCCACCUGCGCAGCACCGAGCUGGAGAACACUAAGCUGAGCGCGGAGCUGCAGAUGCUGAAGGCGGUGGAGCUGAACCGGGAGGUGACCAUUGCUCAGUUCCAGGAGGAGAUGGACAGGCUCCGGCUCUGCGUUGCCCAGCGGGACAGCCUGGAGAAAGAGCUGCUGGCACACAAGGCUGACAAGGCAGAUCUGGCCCGUGUGCGUGAGCAGCUGCGUCAGGCAGAGGAGCAGCUUCAGGCGUCCCGGCAGCAAGCCUCCCUGCUGGCCUCGGAGCUCCGUGACUCAGCCAGCGCCCGUGACCACACGAUGACCGAGCUGUAUCGCGCCCGUAUGGAAGCUGACAAGCUCCGUGCCAGUCUAGCUGAUGCUCAGGCCGAGUGCCAACGCAUGGAGAGCCAGCUCGACCGCAUGAGGAGCACUGCACAGAAGGAAGUGGGUGUUGGGACCAGUGGGGAGAUGACACCCAGCAUGAUGGUGGUGUCAGAGGCAGAGGCGGAGCUGCAGAGAGAGGUGGAGGAGCUGAAGCUGCGUCUUCACAUGGCUGCUGAGCACUACAAGGAGAAGUACCGGGAGUGUCAGCGCCUCCGAAGGCAGGUGGCCAAACUGAAUACAACUGAGUCACAGGGAGAGCCAAAGAGAAAUGCAUCCACUGAGACAACACAGGAGCCACUGACCCCGAGUCCAGAGUCACCGACGGCAGGAAACAUAGCCGCUGCAGUCCUACAAGAAGCCGCUGAGAUGACAAUAACACCAGAACUUAGUAACAGGGAAUACACACACACUGAUGCAUACAUCAGCAUUGAGAGGGGAGGAAGGCAGAGAGAGAAAAUGCCGAAGGAGAGGGCCGAGGUGGAGGCCGAGGUCGGAGCCAACCAAGGGGAGGAAAGGGAGAAAGAAAAAGAGGAGAAGAAGGAGAGUCUGCCAGAGGAGAGCCUGAGGAUGACGAGCUGGGUGGAGGUGGAGGACGAGAGGCAGAGUGCCGACGAGAGCAGCGAGGCGGAACUGGCAGGGAAGGCCGAGGACGUGAGGGGUGCUGCGGAGCACCAGGUGCUGCCGGAGGUGGAGGGGAGGCGCAUGGGGGAGGCAGAGAAGGCGCAGACGCGCUCGGUGGAGGAGGAGCUGGCGAUGAUGGAGGAGAAGUGGAGGCAGCAGUGUGCGAUCAACGAGACGCUCAAACAACGGCUGGCCAACGAGGAGGAACGAUUCAGAGUGCACAUGGCAGAGCGUGCCAGCGAGGUGACAGAACUGAAGCGAAACCUCGCCCAGGCCCUCAGAGACAAGGAGCAACUACAAGAGGAGCUGCAGCGCUUCGUGUCCAGGCAGCAGGAAGCCGGUGCUCAGGGUGCUGAGAUCAGGCAGCCGAUGGUGCUGCGCUACCCGCUGCCAUACCCUCAGGACCCCUCUCCUCCACCACUGGUCCCACACAGGCCUGCUGAGUUGCAGUACGGCAACCCCUACUCCACUGACAGCACACGAGACCGGGUGGAUGUCGCGCUUUCUCCGGAGGACAUGCCCCGUCCUCCCCCUGAGGCCCCACCCUGCGCCCCUCCCUGUGCACCCCCAAUCACACCCCCGAGUCCGGGCCCCGGGGCACCGGGCUGGGACCGGGAGGUGGUCUGCAGCCAGCCCUGCCGCAGCACGAGCCCCCCCGAGAGUCUGGAGCAUCCGCCGGAGGAGCCACGCAACGCUGCUGAUGGGGCUCAGCCGUCCUGUGAUCAUCAGUCCAGUAGACGUAGAGAAGCCAGGGGCAGCUUCUGCUUUGACUCCAGUAGUGUUCACAAGCGCUGCCCGCUCUGCGAGGUGAUCUUCCCCCCACACUUUGAGCAGCGCAGCUUCGAGCAGCACGUGGAAAGCCACUGGAAGGUCUGCCCCGUCUGCUCCGAGCAGUUCCCCCUCAACUGUCAGCAGCAGCUCUUCGAGAGGCACGUCCUCACGCACUUUGACGGCCACGUGCUCAACUUCGAGCAGAUUGAAUGAAGUUGCGCAAAGGGCCGAAACCCCGAAUUCUGACUCAUCGUAUGGGUAAAUGUGUGUCGUCAGCUAUUAGUUAAUUUUGAUUGGGUCAAGGUGUCUUGUUAAUAUACAAUCAUUAGCACUUUUUUGCAAUCUUUAACAAAGGUUAGAAAGAAUGUAGUCCAGGAAGCUCCACCAAGGUUUAAGGUAUUAAGUAGGGUAGCUUUCACCUUAAUACACCAUGGGUAAAGGGAUCAUUAACACUCGCGAAAAGUACUACUUUUACUUUUGUCUCAUUUCUAUGCUCAUCUUUCUGCUUCAAAGGGGACUAAAGCACCAUUGGUAGUGCAUGCAUUCAUUAUGUGUUCAAAAGUACAAAAGUUACAGCUGUUCAGGCUGAGAGAGUGAAUUGUAGCUGGAGCUUGAAGCAGAAAGCAUUUUCGUAUGUCGAUGGUUCUUUGUCUAUCCUGGAUAUUAUCUACAAUGAGUAAGCUUCUCGUGUGAUAAAGCGGCCGAGACGUCUUCAUCUUUUAAUUGUCCACAUGUUUCAAAGCUGGGAAAGGCAGAAGAGAUAAGAAAAUGUAUUUUUUUUUUUUUAAGUGCAAAUGCAGAGUGAGAUCUGAAUAUGUGAUGUCAUCUGAGUGUGUGUGGUGGGAAAACUUUUUUUUUUUGUUUUUGACUUGAAUGGGAAGUGAUCUUUGAUUUCUCCCAAAACUACAGUACUACUGUACGUGUAAGACGUCAGAUGGUUUAAACAGGAACAGCACUACGUUUUAAUGUAUCUGCACUAAAUAAGGCUUUAUUCUGAAUGUACUGUACAUAUGAAAAUAAGUAUAAGUUGUGGAGAGACCUGUGAAUUACUGUCGUGACUCUGCCUCCCCUCAUUGUUCUUUUUUUUUUUUUAGUUAUGAAAGAAUGACGGACCAAUGAUGUUUUACUUUAGUCAGUUGGUAAAGAAAAACUAGGCUGGUCUCUUUACUUCAGCGGAGAUUCUGUCGCGUUUUUAGGCAAACGGACCCCAGGACACCAAGUUACAGACACUUCUGUUGUUGUGUAAUUCCACCUUUUAACAUUACAACUGUGAAGAAAAACAUCCGUUGCUUUGUGUGCAGGUCCAAAUCAUGAGUGAGUGUCAUUUAUAUGUGUCUCCACAUCACCGCUUGUCUAUUUACAAAGUGACCCCCUGACAGUGUUGUAUUCAGGCUUUAAAAAUUGCACAUGCCCAGUAACCAUGAGGCAAAUGUGUGUGUAUGCCAUGUGUCCAGUCCCUUUUUCACGUGAGAAUGUCAGGACGGUGGUUUAAGUGUGUACUGCAAAGAUCUUUAUGAAUAAAGUAAGCUUGUCUUAAUGCAUUUAA